AUGCGGCAGAUUCUUUGGGGCCGGGGCAUUCUAAAUGACCUCCGAUGUCGUGGACCUUACUACUGGUCCGACCUUAAAGAUGCAUACAACUACAGAGUGAUCCCCUCGGUGGUGUUCAUUUUCUUCACCAACUUGCUUCCGGCGAUCGCAUUCGCUCAGGAUAUGUUCGACAGAACCGAUAAUUCGUAUGGUGUCAAUGAAGUGCUCAUGAGCUCUGCCAUGGCUGGUGUGGUCUUUGGGCUCUUAUCGGGACAACCCCUAUGUAUCGUGGGUGUGACUGGACCCAUCGCCAUUUUCAGUUACACGGUGUACGAAAUAAUGAAGCCAAGGGGAACGCCUUUCUUUCCCUUCAUGUGCUGGAUCUACUUGUGGGGAAUGGUCAUGCACUUCAUCAUUGCAUACUUCAAUUGGGUGUCGUUCAUGAAGAUCAUCUCCAACUUCUCUUGCGAGGUAUUCGGUUUUUUUAUUUGUAUCGUCUAUUGUCACAAGGCUGGUGAGAUGCUUGUUCGUCAGUUUGAAACUGACGGCGUUGCAGCUGGAUUUGCCUCGGUCACAAUCGCGCUUCUCAUGGUCCUUUUCGGUCUUGGAGCUACGGUCUUUGGCUCCCAGCUACAUUACUUUAAACCUUGGAUCCGUAAGAUUUUCGUUGACUAUGGUGUGCCUCUCUCGGUCAUCUUUUUCACGGGCUUUAUCCAUUUUGGCGGCUAUUUGGGUGAUGUGCAUCUCUCUAGACUUGCUACCAGCCGCGCCUUCGAACCCACAACUAAUUCGGCCGCUGUAGGUAGAGCACAUGGCUGGUUCAUUCAUUUUUGGCCUGGAGAGAACAUCUCUGUGGGUGAUGUUUUCAUUGCUGUGCCAUUUGCUCUCCUCUUGACAUUUUUGUUCUACUUUGAUCAUAAUGUCUCAUCUCUCAUGUGUCAGCUGAAAGAAUACCCAUUAAAGAAACCCGCUGCUUUCCACUGGGACUUCAUGCUUCUCGGACUCACGACUGGUAUUUCUGGUAUUUUGGGAAUCCCAGCUCCAAAUGGCUUAAUUCCUCAAGCUCCUCUUCACACGGCAUCUCUCGUGGUUCAUGAUCAUAAUGGCAAACCAAUUUCCGUCGUUGAACAGCGUCUUACCAAUACUCUUCAGGGCGUUUUUACAUUUGUGUUGAUGACUGGGCCAUUUUUGAUCAUAUUAGGUUUAAUUCCCCAAGCAGUUUUGUGUGGUCUUUUCUUCAUUAUGGGUAUCAAUGGCUUCCAUGAAGGUGCUGUGAUUAACAAAAUCAGAUGGUUGUUUUUGGAUAAUGACUAUAUUGAAAGCGAUCCCGAUGCCUUGCCUAUGUGGAAAGAGUUGUCGCGCAUUCCGAAGCACAAGUUAAAAUACUUUUACAUUUAUCUCACCUUACAAUUCGUUGCUGGUGUUGCUGAAUUCGCAAUUACUUUGACUAGAGGAGCAGUCGGGUUCCCAGGUGUGUUGUUGUUCUUCAUGUUUUGCGCAAAAUGGCUCUGGAAGUAUAUAAUUCCCGAGGAGGACUUGGAGUAUUUAGAUGGCGCAGUGGCCGAGGACUUCAUCAUUAAAAGUUUGGAGGUCCAUCCUAGUGACGGUGAGAAGCUGCAAUACGAUUCCGAAGCUGACGAUAAAUUGUCGGCCUAA